AUGGCCAGCCUCAGGAAUAUCAUGAACGUCGAUGACGAUCAUGUCGACUCCCAUUCCUUAAAGAAGUCGAAGGAGUCGGCUCCGAGAUCUCAUCAUCAUCCCGCCUCGUCAGCAUCCGCCUCAAGCUAUGCCAACCCGGCUGACCUUUCCGUCGCCAACUCGUCAUCAUCGUCAGGAAUAGCAGCCAGAGGCCAUAGCUCGAAUCCUCCCGCUCACGGUCUAUCGUCACUGGACGUUGACACGGCAUCGUCGUCGUCGUUUGGCCUGAGCCACACUACCGCCAACUACUCUCAGGACCGGCGCCAGAGCAAUACUAGCACCGACUCGAUGGACUCCCCGUACGGCCAGGGCCACGGCCACGGACACCCGGGCGGCUCGUACUCGGGCACUCCCAUGAGGCCCUUCGUCCCCGGAGCAGAAGCCCCCGUCAAACUUACCCCCAUCACCGGCAGGGUCAGCCGGGCUAAGAAGGGCCUUGCGGUGCAUACCUGUGAAACUUGCCGACCGCCAAAGACUUUCACCAGAGCCGAACACCUGCGGAGACACCAGCUUAGCCAUCAACCGCCGGAGCUAUCCUGCCAAGUACCCGGAUGCGACAAGGUCUUUCAUCGUAAAGACCUGCUCGACCGACAUCUGCAAAAGCAUGACCAGGACAACCGGACGGCCAAGAGCACACCCCGACAGAGCUCAACAGCGCGAUCAUUCGGUUCCAGGAGCCCUAGACAUGGCUCAUAUGGCCCGUCUCCUCCUGGCUCCAUGCUGUCCAUGGGACACCCUUUCAGCAGCCCGCCGCCGGGCGCAACGAGUGCCGCGAAUACAUCUUCGCAAGGAGUCCACAUGAUGCCUGGACAUUGGGCAUCGACAGGAGGCUCGACCGCUCACAUACGAAGCGCGUCUGACAACUUUUCCCUCAUGGACUCGGUCCCAGGCUUGCAGUCCGCGUCGUCCAAGGCCUCGGGGUUCUCUCAAGCUCGGCCGCCCACGGGACUUGGAGUAAUGGAUGUCCCGGAACUUAAUUUGCAGGAUGUCGGCUCGGCCAAUGUUCCCUGGCAAGACAGCUCUGGCGUGGUCACAUCAUCGUCUGGAAGCAGCUAUUCCACACCCCCUUCGGAAGUGUCAAGAGCUCCGGCGACGGUUCGCGCGCCCAGCGCAGAGUGGACAGCCCCCCUCGGACCUCCCGUCGCUUCCAGAACCCUACAGAGCCCUAUCGCGGUGUCUGGUGCGUACCCUGCGCCUUUUGGCUACGACUCCUCCCCGCCUGCUGUGUACCCGUCCGUCUACGGGGAUGGCGCCGGUGUGCUACUUCCCGGAUAUGACGAGUCGUUAUACAACCCUCAAAUCCCCAGCAACACAGUUCGUAACAGCCUGUCCCCGCAACUUGCCGUGGGUCCAUCAUCUGAGACUUUGGUCACCGCGCCAGCAGCCCUCGCCCCCGACCGGGUGAUCAGCCCCAUGUUGUGCGGUCGACAACCGGAUACGGCGUUUGGAUUCCUGAUGGCCGGGGAUCUCAUACACGUGCCCUUGAGCCGCGAGGCUCGCAACGAGAUACCAGUAUAUAUCGACAAGUACUGGGAGAAGGUUCACCCUCUCUAUCCAAUCAUUCACCGCCCGUCUUUCGAAGACGCUUCCGGAGUGGAUUCGCAGCAUCAUGACAUUCUCCGUUGCGCCAUGGCAGCCGUGGCUACUCAGUUCCUGGAACACAAAGAGCAUCGAAUUAACGGCAGCCAGCUGCACGCCCACGCUUUGCACGAAUGCAAGAGAAUCCCGCAAUCGAAUUGGUCCCUCUCUAUCAUGCAGGCACUUCUGCUUUGUGAACACUACGCCCAGUUCCGAGGCCGUAGCAAGGAGGCCUACCUCCCUUCGGCUCAGUUCAACGCCUUGUGCCAAAUGGUCGCCAACAGUCAAUUUGCCCUGGAUUCGGUUACGCUCGGCUGCGACAACUUUCAGCGAUGGAGAUCGUGGACUCAUUUGGAAUCGUGCCGAAGGAUCCUUUCGGCGUGCUUCCUGCUAAGUGUUCAUGGGAUCUGGUACUACGAGCAGCCCGUCACCUCCUUCCUCGGCCUGGACAACUUCUCGCCGAUGAUGCUGAGCAUUCCUCUGUCGGCCGGCACAGAGAAAGCCUGGGAGGCGGAGACUGCCGAUUCUUGGGCCAGCAUUGACUUUUCAACAGUCAAGUCAAGGACGGUUGGAGAUGCCAUGCAAGAGCAAUUAUCGCCGGCCAUGAUCGAGUCGAUGCCACGCUUUGACUCGUCGCUGCUUCUUGCGGCACAUGCUCUGCAGCUGCCAAGACGGCGCAAUCCCACCGAGGUGGACAUUUUCCAAGAUGCUUCGUGCAUCAAGCCACACGACAUGGUGAUCCCCACGCUCUUCCAGCACUCUCCGGGCGGGUACACGUAUCUGGCACUUCACUAUACGCCUCUUCAGUGCCUGUUGUCCGUUUCUGGAGACAGUUGGAUACUUAACAACAAGGUUUCGCAUCCUAGUAUCUUCAUUGAUCACAAGAUGAAGCUGCAGAAGUGGCGAAGGUCUGGAAACGCCGCUGCGGCAACGGUGUUUGCGGCGAAGGCACUCAGGAUAUUCUUGAACCUCGGCCCCAACGCUUUCGGCCACAACGACGUUCUUCUCGCGGGUCAGAAGAGAAGCCUGCCGUCCUGGACGGACAUUUCUGACUUUUGGGGCGUGUACGUCUGCGCGCUUAUUUGCUGGGCGUUUGGGUACGAAGGGAAGCGCAACCCUAGCAAGUCUUCUCGCGGCGCCGCCGUGGGAUGGCUCCUCACCGUUUCGGAGCUCGAGCCAGGGGAUCUACAGAACCUUACCGGCCGGGAGGAGUCUCAGGGCGUGGUGGGCUUGAUCCACGAUGUUCUUGGCAGGGACUGCUUGGGUGGGCGCAACAUCUUGUAUGCUGACGCCGUGCGCGUCUUGCGGAAGCUAGAGGAGGUUGACAAUUGGGCCUGGAUUUAG